AUGCUGCUGUGGCUUCUUUUGUUCUCCACUCUGGGUUUCGAGGCUUGGGGUGCUUUCUCCUGGGAUAAAACACAAGUCAAGAACUUGUCAGAGAGGCUCCAGGAUCUGUUUGUGAACAUCUCCAAGAUCACUGGCAAAGGCAGACUGGGUCUGUAUGAUGUCUCCACCAUGGUCUCUCGUAAGGAGUGGGGGGCAGGAGCUGUUGGCUGUAACGUCUCACUGACGAUGCCAGUGGGUUUCCUCGUCACACAUCACAUCCCUGGACUGGAGUGUCACGACCAGACUCUCUGCAGUCAGAGGGUGCGGGAGCUGCAGGCCCAUCACGUGCACAAGAACAGCUGGUGUGACGUGGCCUACAACUUCCUGGUUGGGGACGACGGCAAGGUAUAUGAAGGUGUCGGCUGGGGCAUGCAAGGCACGCACACCCGGGGCUACAACAACAUCUCCCUGGGUUUUGCCUUCUUCGGCACCAAGGAAGGCCACAGUCCCAGCCCUGCUGCCCUGUCAGCCAUGGAGAACCUGAUAGCCUAUGCUGUCCGGAAGGGCCACCUGUCACCCUUGUACGUUCAGCCAUUUCUUGUGAAAAGCGAGAACUGCCUGGUCCCUUUACAGAAGGCAAGCCCCAAGAAAGCUUGCCCUGGCAUUGUGUCUCGGUCUGCUUGGGGGGCUAGGGAGGCCCACUGCCCCAAGAUGACCCUCCCAGCUAAGUAUGUCAUCAUCAUCCACACCGCCGAGAGAACCUGCAACAUGUCUGAGGAAUGCCGCCUGCGGGUCCAAACUAUGCAAUCCCUCUUCAUUGACAGAUUUGACUAUUGUGACAUUCCAUAUAACCUCCUUGUGGGCCAAGAUGGUGCCAUUUAUGAAGGAGUGGGCUGGAAUGUCCAAGGCUCCCACACUCCUGGAUACAAUGACAUUGCUUUGGGUAUCGCCUUCAUGGGCACCUUCUCAGGUACCCCACCCAACGCCGCCGCGCUGGAUGCAGCUCAGACCCUGAUCCAGUGUGCAGUGGACAAGGGGUACCUGACUCCCAACUACCUGCUGGUGGGACAAGGUGAUGUUAUGAACACUCUGUCUCCUGGGAAGGCUUUGUACAACAUUAUCAGCACAUGGCCCCACUUCAAACAGUGA